AUGUUUGGAAUUGAAAAGAGACGGACUACAGCCUACCAUCCCCAAACAGACGGGUUGUGCGAGCGGUUUAAAGGUAUUUUGAAAUCCUUGUUGAGAAUGAGAGUAAACAAAGAGAAAAAUGAUUGGGACGAGCAGCUGCCACAUGCGUUACUGGCUUAUCGGGUUAGUACGCAAUCCUCUACGGGUGUGACACCAUUCGAAAUGUUAUAUGGUAGAGAAGUGAGAUUGCCAUUUGAAACGGAUCAAGAAAAACUGGUAUCUAGCCCAACACAUGGUCCAGCCAAAUACGUUGAAGAGUUAAAGAAGAGACAAGAUAUUCUCCGGAAAUUGGUUACUAAAAGGAUCGAGAAAGCGCAAGAGAAGCAGAAACGUAGUUAUGAUUUACGGUAUCGAGCACAACAAAACAAGCGGUUUUACAUGGGGGACACUGUUCUAUUAAAGAAUUUUCGAGCGCGAGGUCAGUUAGAUGAAAAGUAUACGGGUCCUUACAUCAUUGUUAACAUUCGAGAGAACGAUUGCGAGAUAGAGUCAUUGGAAAGCAGAAAACGUAAAGUUGUACAUAUGAAUAAUCUAAGACGGUUUGUCGUAGAAACAGUUGCUAAUCCAUUGAGUGAGGAAUUGGAAAACAUGCUAAGUUCUGAUUCGGAUGAGUCUACGAUUGAACUUAUUACGUGCUGGAGUACGUUUAGCACCACGUGGAAUCGAUGA